CAACAGCGUUUUCAUCUACGAGCCCAGAAUUCGACAUCCCCAGCAUCAAUUCGAACAACACAGCAUCUCCACCAUGUCCAAAACAGUUUCUAGAGUCGCCGCAAAUGACUGAUGCAGUUAUUCGAUGGUGUCUCGACGCCUACUUCAAGCAUAAAUACCCACUGACUCCAAUCCUUCAUCGGCCGUACCUCGAACAAAUCUCACGAUCAACAGAGCAAUACGGUUUAAUCACAGCAUGCUGCGCUGUGAUUGCACUGUCUCCGGAGAUAUUACCGCCCUGCCCUGUCGAGGACAGUUUCACAAUCCCAUCUGCCGACUUCUUGAUAGCAGAGACUCUUCGCGCCAGAGACUUUUGUAACCUGAUUGAACAUCCAUCGUUAAUGCACAUUCAGACAUCAUUCUUUCUUCACGCUGCAUUCUUCUCGAUGAACAAGGAUAACUCGGCUUGGUAUUAUUUACAGGAAGCGAUCACAAUGCUUCAGACAUUGCGCUUGCAUGAGGAGACCACCUACACUGAUGAUGAUGCAAGCGACCCAGUGUUUGUGAAGUAUGCUCAGCGAAUGUUUUGGGUACUCUUCAUUACCGAGAGAGCAUAUGCUUUACAAAGAAAUCGACCGAUCAGACUGCAAGACACAUUGAAGCUUCCAGACGUCGAUCCACUGUCCUCUGACGCAGAGAUAUUGCGCGGCUUUCUUGACCUCAUUUCCCUGUUCCGCCCCUUCGGUCAAGACUUCAUCGCACAGUGGAACUCCCCAACAUCUUCCACUUCGACAGAUUUCGCAAAUCUGUUUCGAUUGCAGUAUCUUCUCAAACAUUCGCUUCCGAAUCUUUCAAAUCACUCCCAAGUCCAACAGGCUGAUCUUCUUAUAUCGCGUCAGUGGCUCAAGAUUGUGGUCUGGAAAUUAUGCGCUUCAAAAAGAGUUCUGUCGACUGCGAACAGUGAGGAUGUCAUGUCAUUGCAUUACCCAACUAGUAUCGCACGCGACAUCGUAAUGGUGUCGGAGCUAUUACCGACGCAGGCUUUUGAGGCCAAUGGCAUCGGAAUUGUUGAGAAGGUCUUUGACGUUGGAUGCUCGCUGGCGGAUCUGCUGUCGUUGGUGCCGUUGGAAUGUCAGGGCUCAACGAUGGAUGUUGGCGUCAUUGAUACACUGAUGGAAACAGUGAAAAUUGUCGGGACGAGGUUUGGUGGCAGCUACCGGCAUUUUGACAUAUUGGUUGACAAGGCGAGCGGGUGCCUUCUUAUGAACGUGGAUCGAAGUCUUGCUCCACCAGAACAUGACAAUCCGGACAACAUCGAGGAGAUCUAA